AUGCAAAAGUCCGCAACCACUGUGCAAGAGCCAGCGCAAGAACCAUGGCAAUCAACCUCGACAAGCCUAGCCGAGCAUCCCAUUGAGUAUCCCAUUGGUCAUAACUCAAACUUCGACGAAGAAGCUCCCCGGUCGGCAUUUUCCAUUAUCGAACCCCCAGCCGAGCUAUCCACACUCACCACCCAUCUCACCGGUCACAGUGCCGACGACACAUUCCCAGAUGGGGGACUGCAAGCAUGGUGUGUUGUAGCGGGUUCAUUUUCUCUCUUAAUGGCUACAUUCGGCGUGAUGAACACGACUGGAAUUCUGCAAAAUUACUUCGCUACUCAUCAGCUGGCCAGCUACUCGCCCAGUGCAAUCGGCUGGAUUCCGGGACUAUUCACCUUCUUCGGUCUGAGUAUUUCGGUCCAGGUUGGGCCGAUGUUUGAUCGGUAUGGCCCUAAGGCCAUUCUUGUGACUGGCACUGUGUGCUACGUGACGGGUCUUAUUCUUCUUGCUGAAAGCCGUCUUUACUGGCACUUUGUUCUUACCCUUGGUGUUCUUUCUGGGACUGGCGCUGCACUCUUGAGUACAGUGGCGUUGGCUAGUGUGCCGCAAUGGUUCGAUCGGAAGGCAGCACUUGCUAUUGGGAUUUCGAUGGCGGGCGCGGGUCUUGGUGGUGUGGUGUUUCCGUUUGUGCUCAGAGCUGGGUUCACGAAUCUUGGAUAUAAGUGGACAAUUCGAUUGCUGGCAUUGGUGGUGUUGGUAUUGUCUGUGGCUGGGACUGUUCUGGUGAAGGCGCGUCUUCCGAAGGGAAGGAGCAAAUCAACUGUCAAUUUGCGCUCUUUGCAAGAUGCGAGGUUUACCUGGUUGACAUUGGGCAUCUUUGGUCUUGAGCUCGAGGUCUUUGCUGGUCUAGGUCUUUAUCCAACCUAUGUCAUCAUGCAAGGGUUUUCUACCAACACCAGUGUCAUUCUUCUCGCUGUUCUGAACAUAGCCUCCACAGUAGGACGAUUGUUGGCUGGAGGCGUGGCUGAUCGGUUUGGCAGAAUCAACACCCAGACUGCACUCAUCGCUGUGGGUGCAUUCGCGGUGUUUGUAAUCUGGCUGCCAUUUGGCAGCUCCCUUAUCGGCCUUUAUAUCUUCUCAGUUAUCUUCGGGUUGGCUUCGGGAUCAUUCCUGAGUCUUGCACCAGCUUGUAUCGGACAGAUCUCUAAAGCGAGUGAGGUUGGUGGAAGAUUCGGCCUGACAUAUUCCAUUGUCAGCUUUGCCACACUGAUCUGUAUCCCGAUUGGCGGUGAGAUGCUCGACAAAGUGGGAAAGAGAGCCAUGGUGGCAUAUUUAGGGAGUGUCCUGAUAGUCUCACUCGGUUUGUUCGUGAUGGCAAGAUGGGCCUGUUUGAGCUACCGGUGGAGGUGGCAAGCAAAGAUCUAG